UUCACCGUUGUCUGUGUGUUUCAGGUUCCUGAUCUUCUUUGACGACGGUUAUGCCUCCUACGUGACCCUGCCUGAGCUCUAUCCUGUCUGCAGACCAAUGAAGCGUACAUGGGAGGACAUAGAGGAUGCAUCGUGUAAAGACUUCAUAGAGGAAUAUAUAACGUCAUACCCCAACAGGCCCAUGGUGCUGCUGAAGGCAGGCCAGGUCAUCAAGACAGAGUGGGAGGGGACAUGGUGGAGGAGCAGAGUGGAGGAGGUGGACGGCAGCCUCGUCAAGAUCCUCUUCCUGGAUGACAAGCGUAGUGAGUGGAUCUACCGCGGUUCAACCAGGCUGGAGCCCAUGUUCAACCUGAAGACCAACUGUGCCAACACCCAGGAGAAGAAGAUGGCUGGCCAGCAGAGGACACGCCCCAGCAUGGGAGCAUUGAGGACCAAGGGCCCCGUGGUCCAGUAUCACAGUGGGGGGAACACCAUAACCCCCAGUGGGACCCCCACUAAAUCCCCCCAUCCCCUCUCCCCACCCUCCUCUAUCCCUCCUACACCCUCCCAGCCCAAUCAGCUUGCACGAACAGAUCCUAAGUAUCAGAUGGCGAAGAAGAGUACUUCUCCAUACAUUCCCACGCCAGGAGGCUCUCGCACUGGAUUGGCCAGUAAUAGCCACGCCCCUAAAGUCAUGCAGCCCCAACCUCCAACUGGUUCUCCUGGAAACUCAUCCAGAAUGUAUGUCCUUCAGACUGGCAACAUCCAGACUCUCACGUCCCUACAGCCUAUCCAACACCAGCAGCAGUCUCUGCCCCCUCCUCCCCAAGCCCCUCCCACCGCCCCCGCACCUGCAGUGACCCCAUACACCUUCAGUAAUGACCGGAUUCCCCACGAGCCCUCAUACCGCGCCCCCACAGACCGUAUCUUCUACCUGCCUCACACCUGCCAGCCUGCUUGUCUCAACCGUAUCCGGCCCUCCAGACCAGAUAUGCACCGGGGCAGGAACCCCCUGCUCACCCCUCUACUGUACGAGUUCAGACGCAUGACGGGCCGACGGAGAGUCAACCGCAAG